CUGGUUGUGUCAAACUGCCCUGCUCUUUGUUUAUUAAAAGCCCACUGUUGCCAUUCUGCGACGGUCCAACGGGCAAUGCCGCUUGGCUGUUGACUUUCUCUCCUGAGUUUAUGGGCCUUCAGGGGCCAAAGGUAGACAGGGGAUUGAAAUGAAAUCUUAGGAAUAUGAUUGAAACUUUGUGGGGAAUUAACCAAUUUUCAGCAGUGGCGGUGUUUAUGGUACCUGCACCGGCCCCAGGAACACCUCUAGUAACACUCUAACGUCUCUCCACUUUUCCAGUGUGCGGUCACGAUCUUGAUGUUGGCAAUAUUAAUGGGCAAGCCUAGGCGGUUUUAGCGGCAUCGGCUGGCAAGUCAUCGCAUCAUCACUCAACCCGUUCCUGACAGCCUUAUAGAUAGCUGUCCUGGUUCUUCAUUUAUUUCAGGAUUUCAAAUUGCAAUAGUUCCCCUGGCUUUUGGCCACUAUUGUUUCUAUCCUUCUAGCUCACACUUUUUUUUUCCCUUUUAAAAAUGUUUUUCUUUAUAACCUAAACGCAGCGGUGGUGGUGCCGUUGAUUUGUAUUGUUUCAACUUAUGCUCGCUCAAAGUUGGGAACGUAGUUUGGCGAAGGUGUGCUGUGAACUGAACUUAUUGGCUUUCGUUUAGCCAUGCCAACCGUUUGCACUUGUUGGUUUUAUUUUCAUUCAACAGAUGUGGCAUACAGAAACGUUCCCUUUUGGCGUCAUAUUUAUUAGGACUCGGAAGUCUCAGCUAUGAUGAACCUGGAAGGUCCGCUAACUUAUUAGGAGAAGUGCUCUUCGGCUUCUUUCCCAUCAACUUAUCUCUUCUUACAACCCAGCGGAUACCCCAGGCGAUUGUCUAAUUAUUAUCUUCACCCCGUCAGUUUGGAUAAUAACAUUUAAGCAUUCAAUUAAUGUCCAGUUGGCGCAUAGCGUAUGGAUACACUGGAGUCUCACUUAUCUGUGCCGACGUUUCUGCAACCCGGAUCACGACGCGCCCUUACCCGACAGCCAAUUUCCAACUGCAUCGGGCUAACUUCUCCGUUGGCGAAGUCCGAUUGCCUUCCAAUGCGAGGAACCAUGGGCGGAACGUUUGUUCCUUAUUUGGACGCUCGUCAUAGUGAAGAAUAUUCUCCUGGAGUCCCACACGAAAGCUUUGAUCCCCCCGCCAGCCGUAGUUGUUCAAACGGCUCUACCAAGAUUGUCACGCCUGAACAACCUCGAAACGAGCAACCAUCCUCUCAACCUCUCCAACCGUCUGCUACAUUUUCCAGAAGAAUCUCCAGCCCUCCAAUCAAAGCAUUCGCGACUGAAGAAUAUUGGCAUUUUGGGGAGUUUAUCAGCGCACAUUACGGGAAUAUUGAUACUCAUGAGCCGCUUAAAGCUAAGAAGCGAAAGUGCCAAAUCGUGCAGUGUAGAUACCAUGGCUCAUCGGAAAAUUUAAGUGAAUCAGCCGAGAUUGCGAAACCUAUAAGGAUCAGCGUAGCGAAGCCCAAAUUGAUCACAAUCCCGAAAUCCUUUACCCGUCGCGCUACUUCACAUGUCAAGUCUGAUGCGAAUGAAUUUGCACAUGAGUUUCCCAAUUUUGAGCAACUGUCAUCUGAACCAAGUACCUUGAGCCUUUCGUCGCGCGGUGAACAGUCUUACACUUCUUGUGAUGACAGCGGCUACGCGACCCAAGGAUCUUACGGCUCUACUGGUGACAUAACCCCAUCACCUCUGGGCGACAGGUCGGCAGAUGUCUCCCGGAGCCUAUUAGGGCGGCGAUUGAGUUUCAAGAACCAAAUUCCCCGAUGGAUACAGAAAAAGUCCUCAUUGCGGAAGAGUGAAUCCGUAUUCGGGAGUACCAAAGGAAGCUGUUCAUCACCCUCUACUCCCACGGGUUCCAAAUUUCCCUUGGACUCUCCGGCAAUCCCAAGCAAAGACAAGAAACCCGUGAAGGCAACAUCCUGGAGUGUAGGAUGGGUAAUUGAUCACCUCGAAACCUCAAUAAUGCAAAACCCUCAAUCAGACUUAACCCUCUCGUCGCCAGUCAUUAUAUUUGUGCGCUCGACGACAGAAAAAGCCCUCCUACACCCGUUUCAGGAUAUUUUUCCGACAGCAUCUAUCGAGAAACUCAGUUCGCUGUGCGCUGCUUUCAUUGCUCAGAUAUACCUGUCUGCGCUGGGAACAUAUGAGAAUACGAACAGCAACCCAAUCUCUACCGGAGUCGUCGCGGAUGGUAUCUCGGACAAAGCACGGACAAGAUUAGGGCUUCAUCUAUCAAAAGCCUCACAGUUACGUAUAAAAGAACGUCUUUUACGAAGGAGAAGUGCUGAUAUCCACGCCCGUCUAGAUAAAAUUGUGGAUUCGAUUCUGAUGGAUUUAUGUGGGACUUCCGAUUCUGGCCUGAAAAGGGCGCUUAUGUCCCUUGUUCAGCUCCUUGAGGGCAACAAAAGUUCAGACUCAUCUUGGCCUUAGGUUUUAGGCGUAGUUCAUGGCAGUUAUGGGUACUGCCGUGUCCAGUUACUUGUUUUUUGUCUGUAUUCAUAUCUAUGCGGCUUUUACCCUUUCGUGUGAUUACAGCGUAUGUUACCAAAGCUUGUGUCGGUUCCUUAUUUCGAAAGAUAAUGAGCGGAGUAUCCCAAUAUUUAUAUGUAUAAUAUCAGUUAGUUUGGCUCAGCAAUAUAGACUUCAUUACGUAGAGCAACGACCUAGAUAUUGUGCGAUUAGAAAAGAAUCCGUUUUAGGUGGGAAGAGGAGGAGUAUUUAAUGGCAAAAUGGAAACACGACAAGACGGCUUAAAAUUACACGGAACAAACCAGCAACGAGAGUAAAUCUUAGGAAAAAAGGAGGGCCACAAAAAGACAAUGACUGAAACUAAAAAUUUCCCUCUUCCUCCGAGGUCCCUAAAUGUUUUUCUUUCUCUUGUCACUGCCAGGUUGCUUGCCGGCACCACCAAACGCUUUCUUCAGCACCAUGGUGAAUCCGUCCCAUAGAUCCACCACAAACAACCACCAACCCCUUAUCCUUGCCGCCAUCAAUAAAAUGCCGAUCAUCCUCCGCGAAAAUAGUUCCGCGUCAUCAAAAUCAUGUGCGUAAAAUUCCCAAAUGGCUAUCUCCCUUACCUCCAUUCCACCCCCGCCGCCAACUUUCGCUUCAGAUUGCCGCCCACCAUUCGCAGCAUUCGUGGGAAGAUCGUAUAUAUCCUCCAUAUUAGGGAUGCCCUUCAUCCCACCCACACCUGGGAUUCGUUCCUCUUCCCUUUCCGAUCUGCCACUGGGACUGGGCCCAGAUAAAGGGGACCUAACCCGGAGCUUUGGCG